GAGACCUUAGCGGAAUUAUAUCGUUCGAGGUCUUGAUUGAUAAGGUUGAAAAAAUCUUAUCAUUUAUUUUACCAAAGAAAUCACAACCUCUUUUUCUGAUAAUAGCCCUUUGAAUCGUGGUAGAAACCAUUGCGCGCGCCCUUAAAAGUGACGUCACAAACAUUCCCGCCAAGAACAAAUCACAUGACCUAUUGUGCGCACUAAACGCGAAAGAAAACAAAAAUGGCAGAGCUUCCGGUGGUCGGCUGGAAGCAAUUCCUCUGCGACGCAAAGCACAAAUUAGCUAAGUCCCUCGGGUUGGGUUCAGACAGAAUGGAUAAGUACAGAAUCGCGCCGGAAGUGGAAGAAAACAAGAAAGACCCAGAGGGGGCAGCUGAAACAACCGUGCGGCGACCACGACAGCAGCCGUUUGAUGCAGGAGGACUGUGGGUGCAAAACCUUGAUGAUUGUACUGACUGGACAGACGAACUAUGUUCGCUGGAGCAGAUUAUACUAGAGGACGAACAAAGUACGGAGCCGACCAACACGACACCACGCCAUGGGGACACCGCUAUCAACACGGAAAACUCACAAGAGGAGGCGCAAUGCAUGACGGGAGACUGCGCGCGCACCCGUGAAACGCCCGAAAACGUGUGAACUGUUUGUUUGUGUACUUUUGUACAUUUCUUGUUUCCUAAAACCGUUGAUAUACCCCGUGUUUCAUAGUACCAUAUAUUAGGUAUAAACAGACAACUUGCAAUGGAUACAUAUAUAAAUAAAGAUUUAUUUGGUCAGUGUUCACAUCGAGAAAAUAAACAACACUUAAGAAUA